AUGUUUAGACGUUCAGUUAUUGGUCAAUCCAGAUUGUUUUCUUCUACCCGUUCCAUCCUUGGUAAGAAAGUGUAUUUUGAGCCUUCUGUCAACGGUAACAAGAUCGGCAGAAUUGAGUUCGAGCUUUACGAUGACGUUGUUCCAAAGACUGCCGAGAAUUUCAGAGCUUUGUGUACUGGUGAGAAUGGUUUCGGUUACAAGGGUGUGCCAUUCCACAGAAUCAUCCCACAAUUCAUGCUUCAAGGUGGUGAUACUGACCUAACCGACGGUUUCGGUGGUCAAUCAAUCUACGGUUCCAAGUUUGCCGAUGAAAACUUUACCAAGAAGCACGAUAAGGCUGGUUUGCUUUCCAUGGCCAACGCAGGUCCAAACACCAACGGUUCUCAGUUUUUCAUUACUACUGUUGAAUGCCCAUGGUUGGAUGGAAAGCAUGUGGUCUUUGGUGAGGUUACCAAGGGUAUGGACUUGGUGAAGCAAAUCGAGGGUUACGGUACCAUGUCUGGUAAGCCAAAGGCCAAAAUCGUUGUCGAGGAAGCUGGUGAAUUGUAG